CUCGUUUUUCUUUCUUUUAUUUUUGAUAAAUCUUCAACUCGUCUCCUAAAUGGACACGUCAGUGAUACUCCACGGUGAGGCAGAGGGAUAUGUUAGAAGUCUAGAGAACCUCUCCGUCAGGGAGGUUGGCUCUCAGAGGUGGUUCAAACAGCAUGAGUACAUAGAAAAACUCAACAUGCAAGCAAUACUGGAUGCAUCUGCCACACAUGAUGAAUUCAUAAAGGAGCUGCUUGUAUCUCACGGAAAGAUUUCUACCCUGGUUCGCGAGAUGAUUGUUGUUGAGCUGUGGAAACAGAAAGUGUUCCCUGUUCUUUGUCAAUUACAAGAUUUUAAUCCCAAGAGUACAUUUCCACUUUACAUGGCGAUUCACCAUGAGGCCACAGUCAUAAACCUUCUUGAAACAGUUUUGUUUCAUAAGGAUUCGUGCGACGCAGCUGACGACUCCCUUCUCGACUUGAUGGAUUACUGCCACCGCAAACUGACGCUGCUGGUGAGCAAAACCUCCAGGGAGGGUGCCCCGGUUCAGGAUAGACACAGCCUAUCAGGCAAAGCUGAUGCAUCCUCAAUACAGGAAUUGCAGAUUCAGAGUGCUGCACUGGAGUAUGAGAUCUCCCUCAAGGCCCUCUCUGUGCUGCGCUACAUCACUGACCAUGCUGACAGCAUCAGUGUGAUCAGUCGGAUGCUUUGCACCCAUAACAUGCCUUGUGUGUUGGUUCAGCUGAUUGACUGCUGCCCUUGGAGUCGCUACAGCUCAGAAAAGUUCAUAAAUGGCAAAUGGGAAAAAAUCCCCUCAGAAGACCACUUGAAGAUGACAAAGCUGGAUGGCCAGGUCUGGAUUGCUCUGUACAACCUGCUGCUAAAGGAAGACUGUCAAAGGAAAUAUAACUUUAAUAAUUUCAACAAGAACCAGCUUCUGAAGCUCAGGGGCUUCCUAACAGACGUUUUGGUGGAUCAGCUGCCAAACCUAGUGGAGCUUCAGCGUUUCCUUGCUCAUCUUGCUAUUAAAGACCCUGCCCCUCCCAAAAAAGAACUCAUUCUGGAACAGAUUCCAGAGAUGUGGAACAACAUUAUGCAUGAGAAUUCUGGCAAGUGGAGGGCCAUUGCUAAGUACCAAGUUAAAGAGACUUUCAACCCCUCUGAGAACGACCUGAGACAACAAGCGCAGAGGUUGGCCCAGACUUACAGCUUGGAUGUAAUGGAGAGUUUAAUCCCUGAGAGGCCCAAAUGCGGAUCCUGUGGGAAAGAGGCCACAAAGAGAUGUUCUCGGUGCCAGAUGGAAUGGUAUUGUCACAGAGAGUGCCAGGUGAAGCACUGGCCCAAACACAAGACCGCCUGCCAGCUGAUGGCUGAGGCUACAGAGAGGGUUCAUGAGAAAGCUGGAGAAAGCAAACACUUGGGAGUAAACGCCAUAUGAGACAGGAAGUUCGUCUGCACGAGAACAGAUCAACACCCGCGCAUCACCGAAACUGCCAUUCCUAUGAAUUUCAACAGAAAUGUUUAACAUGGCUUCAUUUCAAGAGUUUUGCAAAAAUAAACACCCUCUCGAGUUUGUAAUGCUUCAGAAGUGUAAUUUGAUAACACACAAUAUGUUUGUUAAACUAUUUGUUACCGUACAAUAAACUUAU